AUGUCGACUGUUGUUCCCGCAAAAGAGACGAUUAACCCGGCCGUCUCUGUGAUGUCGACAACGAUGGACCCGGCGACGCCGGCCCAGACUCAAGCGUCCAAGCAUGUGGAUGUUGAGGAACGGCUCUACUCGCUGUCCGCCGCGGACAUCGAACGACAAGUCAAGGCAUUGCGCGCUCUGCGCUGGGACGUGACCCAUCAAGAAAUAGUGGACCUCAUCAUGGCAACCCUGCAGCGACCUUUGACCAAAGCGAUGAAAGUCGCCGAAGGCUCAGCGGUUCCCCUCGUGAAGGCGGUCAUCCAGCAUCGACAACUCCCAGUCGAGGUGAACGCCCUGGUGGACAUCGGCUCCUUUGUCAGUGUGAUCAACCCCGACAUCUGGCGUCUGUUAGGAAGCCCUCCGUUGGUGCAAUCGAAGUACGGGUUGAUCUCAGCGUCCAACACCAAGAUGCCCACGUAG